AUGUCUACAAAUAAAAUCAUUCAAUGUGGUGAAUUUGUUGCAUAUAAUUUAUUAAGAUUUCUUGAUGGAGUAGAUGCGAUUAAUUUUAUCGAAGCUGUAGAUAGCAGUGAACAAUUUGGUUCAAUUGCAGAAGUAUUCGAUCAUCGUUUUAUUAUAUUAAUCAGCACAUUUUGUAACCAUCAGAGAAUCAGAUUACCAGAUAUUGUAUGGCACUAUUAUAGAGAUGUUGGCGAAAUUGACGAGGAAAAUUUUUGCGUAAUUCCCGAACGUUAUUCAUUUUUUAUUCAACCAUCAGAACGUCUAUACAUUCACCCGUGUUUCAGUCUUGAGGGAUUUUUGAAAUUGUGUGAAGUGUAUCAAACGCCUCUUUUCAAAUGCUAUUCCCGUCUUUUAUCGUGGAACUCUGUCUACUACAAUGCAGGUUUUGCACUACUAGAUUACGAAUGGUAUAGUCAGACCGUAGGAUCGAAACGUACACUCAAUGGUCAUGAGAAAAGUUUGUUUAAAAUUCAGAAAACGCUUGCUAAGAUAGAAAAUGGAAAUGAAUACCAGAAUAUGACAUUUGUGCACACAGUUGAAGAAUUUAAACUGAAUCUAACAGUUCGCUUCUCAUCAGCUUUAUGGCUAGAGGCAAUUGAUUUUUCUAAGUUCAUCAUUGUUGGUGGAUGUGUUCUGAAUUCUCUAUGUAAAUUACCAUUUCACGAUACCAAAGACCAAGAUAUUAACUUAAUCUAUUAUAUAAACAGUCUGUCGGAUUUUGAAGUAACUGUACAGAGAGAUAAAAUUAUUUCUACAUUUCCAUUUUUACAAGCGCUUGCAACACGAUCAUUCAUUGUCUAUAAUCUUUAUGGUGAAAGUCCAAAACAUCUUUGCACACGUAUAAGUAAAUACUGUAAUAGAGGGUUCGAUCUUUUGCUACCUAUUGGUUUCGAUGGUGAUCUUAAAUCAAUGAUGAAACAGGAAGACAUUCCAUUCUAUCGUAUUGAAUCUAAAAAGUACAUUGACGAUGAAGGAGAGGUUCAUACUUCGACGACAGAAACAUAUCGUGGCUUCAUGUAUAAUGUUGACACAUUCCGACUUCAAGAAAAAUUCAUGCUCAACGUAUGUCCAAAAUUAUUGGAAUACAAAUAG